AUGGCUGGAAAAGGUAGAGAUCAUCAGUGCAAGCAGAUUGUAAUUGUCGUUUUGGAAGGAGAAAAGGUCGUUUUGGGUGAGAAUACUGGACUGACUCCACUUUGCAGGGCUUUGCGUGAUGUGGUUAAUCCUGAAGAUGAAAUUAUUGUUCUGACACUUCUUCAUGUAAAGAUUACAACAUCUGAGGCAUCUUCAGUUUCAGGUCACUGUAAUCAGUCAUGCGAUCAAGCAGAUCCAUAUAUCAGGUUCCUUCACGAAGAGAUCAGCCUGAGGAAAGAUGUUUUUUUAAGGAUUUUCCGACCUUUUUACAAUAAAUGCAAAAGCAAUGAAAAAAAUUGCAGUAAUAAUCCUUUUUUCUGUAAUUUUGUUGUAGGAUUAUAUUUUGUACAUCUGCUUUUGUUACAGGUGAAAUUCCAGGUGAAGGUUGCUGCAGGCUUCCGACCAAAGGAUAUCAUAGUUGAGGAGGCAAACAAUGUUAGAGCCAAUUGGAUUGUAAUGGAUAGGUGCUUUUCUAAACACUUGACCUUUCGGCUGAGUGGCACAGAUUGCAACAUAUCAUUAGUGAGUGACGACGAAGCUGUUUUCUGUAGUUGCUUGACAACAAAUGAAGCUCCGGAAAGUUCAUCAAAAUCCCCUAAGCUGAGAAAGGGAUCAAUAUCAGUAGAAGAAGCAUCUACUAGUAAUUGCCACCCACAAUCAAAAGUACUUGAUAGUAACGAAACCCGACCUUGUCUUUCACCUCGUCCCGCAAGUACCCGUAAAGAAAGCGAAAAUCAAAUUUUAUCUGCUCCAACACCGAGUGCGACUCUUCCUGCAACUACAUGUAAACGAAGUGAAAUUCAAAUUUUAUCUGGUCCAACAGAGUCUACGGCUAUCCCUCUCCAACAGAAAAAACGGGAUAUCUCGAAAAGGGCCAACAAUUUCUCAGGUCAGCCAUUGCAGCUAACCUGGGAAGUUGUUAUGGACAUAACACAAGGUUUUAAAUCAAGAACUUGUCUUAAUGGCCAGGAUAGGAAUUGUAUGACCUAUUAUGGGUACUUAGAAGACACUCAAUCAUUUGUUUUGGUAAAGAGAUUCAACCAAAAUUGUAACAGCAUUCUAGAAGCUGAAAGGAAGGCAGCCCUGUCCUUGCAACACAAGAACAUUCUGACUUUGACAGGUUACUUCAGAAAUGAACAUAACAUAAUCCUAGUUUUUCCUCUCAUAAUUGAAGGCACAUUAGACAAACACCUUUGUGACUUGGGUAGAAAACAUUGGAAACUGACAUUUCAAGACAAAUUGAAGAUAGCAAUAGGGAUUGCCUAUGGAGUCCGAUACAUGCAUGAAGAAUGCCCUCGAGGCCCCAUUGUCCACGGCGAAUUGCAACCCACUAACAUUUUCCUGACAUCCGAUAUGCAGCCAAUGAUCUCUGGGUUUGAGCAUGCCACAUGGCUUCAGUUUAAACAAGAGUCUCCGGCCUUCAAUAACAGGUAUCGGCUUGAGGAUUCUUUAGAUCAUGGAUCAAUGCUACUCAUAAAAUCUGACAUCUUUUUCUUCGGAGUUCUCCUUUUAAGGCUGUUCUGCAGAAGAUCAGCACCUCGAGAUGAUAAAAUCUUGAUUGAAUGGGCCAGGCCAUUGCUGCUGGACAGAGCAUUCCAUCUGCUAUUAGAAGACUCUGACGAUGUUGACAUUCAUGCAGUUUAUAGAGUGAUGGCUGCUGCAAGAAUGUGCACAAUAAGCAAACCUAUUUUACGACCCCCUAUGAGCGAGGUUAUCUCUAUUCUUAAAGGAGAAAAUUUUUGUAUCAUACAAUCAUCACCAUCAGAUACCAGUUCAUAAAGAAGAACGAGUGAAUAUAGAUCUAUUAUACAUAAAAUUGUAUCUUUGGAUUUGCAUAUAUAUAUAUAUAUAUACGGCUCCGCGAAAUGAGAAUUUUGUACUUUGGUAUUAACAUAUAUUGUUGUGUUCUUGUUUAGA